GCGAACGCCCUGACUUUCCGGGAACGCUUGGGGACAGCCAAUCAGGUUGACUCCCUGCUACGUUAGCACUUCUCGCCCAAAACAACAGCCCUUCGCCAGUCGCUUUUGGUUUUCCUGUUAGCAUUCGCAGCAUAGCCACCGUUUAGAGCGUAAAAUGAUUAAUUAAUAAAAGCGUUUAUUUUGUCGUUGAUGUUAUCUUUGUUUCGGCGUUAGUGUGCCGGGAAGGCAAAGUUAAUCGGAGCUGCUGUCGCGCCGUUAGCUGCCAAGCUGCUAGCUAGCCGUAGCCAACAUCGGCGAUCCAGCAGGGAAAGAUGGGGUCCAUCCUGAGUCGCAGAAUCGCUGGCGUUGAGGAUAUCGAUAUCCAGGCCAACUCAGCCUAUCGAUUUCCACCCAAAUCUGGGAAUUAUUUUGCGAGCCACUUCUUCAUGGGAGGAGAGAAAUUUGACACACCACAUCCAGAGGGAUACCUUUUCGGAGAAAACAUGGACCUGAAUUUUCUUGGAAAUAGGCCAGUGCAGUUUCCAUAUGUGACACCUGCACCCCACGAGCCUGUGAAAACCCUGAGGAGUCUGGUCAACAUUAGAAAGGACUCUUUGCGUUUGGUCAGGUAUAAAGAUGACUCUGACACACCAGUGGAGGAGGGUGGAAAACCAAAGGUUCAGUAUGGUGUGGAGUUCACCUUUGAUGCUGAUGCUCGGGUGGCCAUCACCCUUUACUGCCAGGCGUUCGAGGAGUUCUCCAACGGGAUGGCAGUGUACAGCCCAAAGGAUCCCUCAAUGGUCUCUGAAACUGUGCAUUACAAGCGAGGGGUGAGCCAACAUUUCUCCAUGCCAUCCUUCAAAAUAGAUUUCAGCGAGUGGAAAGAGGAAGAUCUGAACUUUGACCUUGAUCGAGGAGUGUUUCCCGUGGUUAUCCAGGCCGUGGUUGAUGAAGGAGACGAUUGCCUUGGACAUGCUCAUGUCCUUUUGGCAGCCUUUGAAAGACAUGUUGAUGGCAGUUUCUCUGUCAAACCCCUGAAGCAGAAACAAAUUGUGGACCGUGUGAGCUACCUCUUACAGGAGAUCUAUGGGAUUGAAAACAAAAACAACCAAGAAACCAAGCCAUCCGACGAUGAGAACAGUGACAACAGCAAUGAGUGUGUUGUCUGUCUGUCAGAUCUGCGAGACACACUCAUCCUGCCCUGCAGACAUCUGUGUCUCUGCAACUCCUGCGCAGACACUCUUCGUUACCAGGCCAACAACUGUCCGAUCUGCAGGCUGCCCUUUAGAGCCCUCCUGCAAAUCAGAGCUGUGAGGAAAAAGCCUGGAGCUCUUUCUCCCGUGUCCUUCAGCCCUGUCCUGGCUCAGACUAUGGACCAUGACGAGCACUCAAGCUCGGACUCGGUUCCUCCCGGCUUUGAGCCCAUCUCACUGUUAGAGGCUCUGAAUGGUCUGCGGUCAGUGUCUCCUGCCAUCCCAUCUGCCCCCCUGUAUGACGAAAUCAACUUCUCAGGGGGUCUGGGUGGUGACGGCAGACAGCUGAGCUCCCCAGAGCAUUUAAGUGAUGGGAGUCUGCAGAAAAGCAAAGUCAGCAAGUCACCGGACAGCACCCUUAGGUCUCCGUCCUCUCCCAUUCAGGAGGAGGAUGAGGAGAAGCUGUCGGAGAUGUCUGAUGCUCAGCCACACACGCUGCUGUCCAGCAGCCCCGCACCUACGGAUGCCACAGCAACCGAGGAUGUGGCAGAGUCCCUGUCUCCAGAUGAUGAGGACAGGAUGCAUUCUGGAGGAGACAUCCUGCAGGACUGCAGCAGUGAACACAGCAGCUUGACCAAAACAGAGAGUGACCCACCAGGCGACCUGUCUCUGCCAGGGUCAUCAGAGUCAACAGAAAGCCUGAAAAGUCAGAGCACAAACUGCUCCAGUCAGCCUCUCCUGUCUCCCACGAGCAGCCUUCACAUGGAAGAUGAGCAUCUCAAUCCCUGACUCGGAUCCAGCCUUUUCCCUCUCAUCCAUCAGAACAGAUUUAUACUUUACAAAGAUCAUCCAGUCUCUCUGUUCCUUUUACCCCACCCCAGCCCAGUUUUCUGCUUCUGUGAUCAGAGUCGAGAAAGGCCCUGAAAGGAAGUUCACCAGGACGAGGGAGGACUCUGUUUAACCCAUCGUUGUCUCCGAAAUUUGAAAAGAAAUCUGACAAAUGCAGAGAUGCUCUCGGUACCUUUCUAAAUGAAUGAUGUUUAAAAGAGAUAUUUUUUCCCUUUGAAUACAUUUCAUUAACUUUCA